AUGCCAUAUCUCUUGUGCAAGGUUUAUUCUGAUAUAUCCGAAAGUGCUCCUUUUCUUGUCAUUGAUGAUAGUAAGAGAAUCCAUUUGUUACCAGUUCUUCUCUUACAUGAAGAAGCCCCUGAUACUGGCAACAUAAAUUCGUGGGCUGAAGUUCCACAUGCAACUGUUGAUUUUAAGUUUCCUUUGGAAAAAUGGGUUCAUGUUGGAUGUCAGGUUUGUCCAGAUUUUAUCCAGCUUUGGAUUAAUGGAGAGAUUUUAGGAGAAAAGUCUGUGUGUUCCAUAUCAAAUGAGGAAUCUGGUUCAAGUGAUUUGAAGAAAUUAACGCUGGCAAAUGUUGGUGGAGAUGGAAAUAGUGUGCAGGGUUAUGUGCACAAUUUUCAAAUAUUUCCUGUUAUCUCUUCUAUUUCGGAUUACCAUUUAAAGGACCCUCCUUUCAAGUUAUCAAUUGAUGAAUCAUCUGUCUCUGAGAUUGAAGAAGAAAGUGAUGGUGUUUGGGGUGUUGUUGGUGGCAAGGCAUCUUGUCGUAGGAACUUCUCUUUGGACGUUGUUCUGUCAGAUGCUUUUGGACAGCCUGUAGAUAAGGAGAAUGAGGUUUUUGCUUCACUUUUGUAUGCUGACACCAGAGCACCAGUGGAGAAUACAACUGAUGAUGAAGCGCCCCUUUUAGCUAGUUAUGAUGGAAUAGAGUUUUCUUCUUGUGAAAGACCAAGUAAACUUUUGCUGGGACGUGCUUCAUUUAAGCUCAAAAUAUCUCAGCUUUCAUCCAAGCGUGAUAACAGGUUCUUCCUCAUCAGAUUUUGUGUUCCAAAACUAGGAAAUUAUCCUUUCCUUGAGACAUACUCCCGACCAAUUCGAUGCAUCUCUAGAAGUCGUAACACAAGAUUGUCCUCUCUAGUGUGGAAAAGGUCAACUGCUAUUAAUUGCCCUAGUGUAUCUCAAUCUUCAGCUUUGGAUGAUGGGUCUAUGGAAAUUCAGCAUUCAGGUCAUGAAGCACAAGCCAAUCCAGUGAUGAAGCGGUCUAGACUUGGACAAGACAAGAUAUCUGUAUCAGUGAAGACUGACCCCACCAUUGAGCAACCUGAUGAAGAAUGUAACUCUCAUGUCCGGACUUCUAACCAGGUUGAAAAUGGAUUUCCAACAAGCUUCGAUGGAAAGCCUGCAAACUUCAGUGAAGCAUAUGAUUCUCCAUCUGAUUCAGAGAGUAUAGGGGAGGGAAAUUCACCAUUAAAUAGUUUGGCAAGUAGAAGAUAUCCAAUAUCUGACAUGACCAUUUUCAAAUACUGCCUUGCGAGUUUGGCUGAGAGAUCUCUCAUACUUAAGGAAAUUGCUACCUCUGCUUCUGACAUAGAAAUUUUAGAAAUGGCUAAUCAUGUGUCAAUCUAUUCAGGAUGUUCGCACCAUGGAAACCAAAUAUUAAUUGCCAAGAGAUUGAUAGAGGACGGAACUAAUCUUUGGAAGUUGAUGUCUCCAAACAAUCAACACAUUCAUUGGGACAAUGCAGUGUACGAGAUUCAAGAGCAAUUCAUGAAGAUUGCUUCUAGCGGUUCAAGAUCUCUCUCACCUCAGGAUCUAAAUCUUUUGAGAAGGAUCGCUGGAUGUCAAGAGUACCUAACACAAGCGAACUUCGAGAAGUUGUGGUGUUGGUUGUACCCUGUGGCAAUUAUAAUAUCAAGGGACUGGAUAAAUCCUGUCUGGAAUUCCGCAUCACCUAAGUGGAUAGAAGGGUUCAUAACUAAGGAGGAGGCAGAAGCUUCACUACAAGGUCCCACCGGAUUUCAAGCACCAGGUACCUUUAUACUCAGAUUUCCUACCUCGAGAAGCUGGCCACACCCAGAUGCUGGUAGCCUAGUUGUAACCUAUGUUGGCAAUGACUACAAACUGCACCACAGGCUACUUUCUUUGCAUCAUGUUUAUGGCUCUGGUGAUGAAAGAGUUGACAUGAAACCGCUUCAAGAUAUGCUAUUGGCAGAACCUGAGCUGUCUCGAUUGGGAAGGAUAAUAAGAAGUCAUUAG